AUGUCCAAAAUCAUAACCAUCAUCGGCGCAACCGGAAUCCAAGGCGGAUCCGUGGUGAACGCCCUCCUCUCCAAUCCCGACUCAAACUAUACGCUCCGCGCAAUAACCCGCAACCCAUCCAGCCCCGCCGCAGUAGCCCUUCGCGAAAAGGGCAUCGAAGUCGUCCGCGCCGACGUCCACGACCUCCCCUCCCUGAUAUCCGCCUUCGCCGGGUCUCACGCAAUCUUCGCCGUAACAACCCCCUUCGAAUCCCUUCCCAAACUGGGUAUCGAGAAGGCUAUGGCCGCUGAAACAGAAGCCGGAAUCAACCUUGCCAAAGCUGCGGCUGCAACGUCGACCCUAGAGCACUAUAUCUGGUCGACGCUGCCUGAUUCGAAACGUAUCAGCGGGAGGAGCGUCAGUGUGCCGUAUUACGCGAGUAAGCGGGCCGUCGAUGAAUUUAUUAAGACCAAUUUGAAGGGCUUGUGGGCGAAGACAACCUUCCUCUGGAUCGGGUGCUAUGCAAGCAACAUGGGCGUUCCGCUGUACCAUCCCAGUCCGGUGUAUGGGAUGGAUGGGGGACGGACGUACGUGACGUUCAUCAACGUGGAUCCGAGCACGAAGAUGCCGCUGGCAGGUGAUGAGACGGUCAACGUUGGCUUAUUUGCUAAGGCUAUUCUGGAGAAGCCUCAGCUGACGCUGCCCGGGAAGAUCGUCUCCUGUGUAGUUGAGGAGCGGGCCUUUGGGGAUGUGGUCGAGACGUUUGGGAGGGUUAAGGGGGUGCAGGCGCGGGCUUUGAGAAUUGCGAGGGAGGAUUAUAGAGCUCUGUGGCCGGUCGUUGGAGAUGUUUUGGAUACGUCGAUGGUUUAUUUUAAGACUGUUGGUGGUAAGGCGUUUUCGGCUUCUGUUGAGGGGGACGAUGUGCUUACCAGUGCGGACCUUGGGAUUGAAGGGUUGGUUGGGAUGGAGGAGGCUUUUGAGAGGUUGCCUUUGCUUGGCUAA